UUGCUUUGGCUUCGCCUCGAACUUUCGGAUCAGUUUCUGUAGAAACGUCACGCCACGAGCCAGUGUAGAAUGCCUUGAGGGAGAAUCGCGGGGAAACGUGCCAGUGUCUUUCCGCGACAUAAAAAACGGGAUCCGAUAAACUCGAAUGCCUUGUUAUAGUGGGCCGACACUCCAUUAGAGAAGCAAAAGUCUAGAGUCAAAAGCAUUUUAAAAUGUGACAGUUCCGAGCGCCAGUCAUUCUUUCCCGUCUUUCCCAUCCUUCCCUUGUUUCCUGCAAUGGGAUCCGGAUAUAAGUGCCGUGGAGCGAAAAGAGUAUUUGUUAUUGCGCGAAGAAAACUGCAUAUCGAAGCCAAGUGCUGACAGCGUCGGGAGGCCCAGUGACCUGACACAGGAAACGAAAGAUACGCUAGACGUCCUCUGGAGGAGUCGCGGAGGAGACGCAGGAGGAGCCGAUUAAUACGGAAGGCGUUCGAGUCGACAGUCAGAAAGAUCUUGUUGAAGAUUCUGCCGGCUUAGUGAUGCUGCCCGCCUUGACGCUGCUGCUGCUGGGCUUGACCGGGGCGGCCACGGCUGUUUACAUUCCACCAGGACCAAAGUACAGCUGCCCCAAGGACUCGAAAUACAUCUACCCCUGCAAGUGCCUUGCCGCGGACGACGCCGGCCUCUACGUCCGCUGUGAAAAUGCGAAUCUGGCUAGCUUGAGCCUGGGCUUGAUGAAUCUGGGCCGCCAAGGCUCGCCGAUCGAGGAGCUCAUCUUGUACAAGUGCAACAUAGCUCGAUUCUAUGGGCCUGCGCUCUACCCCUUGGAGGUUCGCGUCCUCAAAAUCAUCGACACUCCAAUAAGACUGAUCGAGGAGCACAGCUUCUUGGGCCUGAAUCGAACCCUUCAGGAGCUUCACUUGCUGCGAACCGAGCUGGAGAGGUUCCCCAGGGAGGCUCUUCGGAUCCUGGGAAAUCUCACGGUCCUCGAGAUCAGCGGGCAUCGCAUAGCCGCCCUGCCGGGAAACAGCUUUGCCGAGAGCAUGGCCGCUGCGAAGCUCGAGAGGCUCGAAAUCAGCAACGGAUCGAUAUCCUCGCUUCCGGUGGAAGCGCUCACGCCUCUGAGGAGGCUCAAGAUCCUCAGGCUUCAUGGGAACAGAAUCAAGGAACUCAAGAGAAAUCAGUUCAAAGGUCUACGGGAUACCGAGAGCCUCGAUCUCUCGCACAACCUGAUCGAUAAGAUCGAUCCCUCUCACCUGGCCGACCUCACGAAAAUGGGCUGGUGCAAUUUGUCGCACAACGCGAUCGCCGAAUUGAAAAGGGGUACCUUUGCGAGAAACUCCAUACUGAAAGUCCUGAACCUGAGUCACAAUAAAAUACGACGACUGGACUCGAACACCUUUCGAGGGAUGCGCUUUCUGAGGAGACUCUUCCUCAGCGACAACGAGAUACGCGACGUGGGCCGAGGAACGUUCGACUCGAUUACGAAAAUCGGCACAAUCGAUUUGGCACGUAACUUUAUUAAACGAAUCGACUACCAGAUGUUCAGUCAGCUGCAGUACGCCGAGCUUUUAGACGUAUCCGAAAAUGAAGUAACUGUCGUUGAGAAGCUGGCCUUCAAGGACCUCUUUCUGACGAAGAUCAAUCUCUCGCGCAACGAAAUUUCAAAAAUUGAGCCCAGAGCUUUUGAGAAUUGCGCCAACAUCACGGUUCUCGAUCUGAGCCACAACAAACUGGACAACAUAUCGAAGCUGGCCUUCGAUAGCACGACUUACGCUACGGAAUUGCAGCUGAGCUACAACAUGCUCACUGCCCUGAAUCAGGUACCGCUGCAGAACAUGACCGGCCUGAAGAUCCUCAAUGUCUCGCACAACAAUCUCCACACGGUGCCAAGGCAAACCUUUCCGAAGCUCUACGAGCUUCACACGAUCGACCUCUCCUACAACAAUAUAUCGGAGAUCUACAACGCGGUCUUCCAGAGCCUCUUCAGCCUGCGCUACCUGAAUCUCUCGGAAAAUUCUCUCGAGAAGAUAAAGCCCUCGACCUUUGGACCGCUGCCGACGCUACUCGAACUCGACAUGAGCCACAAUCGGCUGAGCGACGUGUCACGCGGCAGCCUGACCCGACUCGCCAGCUGCAGGAGCCUCUCCCUUAAGGGAAACUACCUGACCAAGAUAUUCCAGCUCCCGAUCUCCCUGGGGUAUCUCGAUCUCUCGGACAACGCCCUCGAGGAGAUUCCGACGGAGGACGUCUGGCCGUCGAUGAACGCACUUCUCGGGCUGGACCUCUCGAGGAACAGACUGGCCGACAGUCUGAAGCACGGGAGCUUCGCCAACCUCCUGACCCUGAGGAGCCUCGACUUGCGGAGCAACAACAUCACGCAGCCACCGUGGGCCGCCCUGAGCACCCUGAGCAGCCUCCAGUAUCUCAGCUUGGAGGACAAUCAGUUGACUGUGCUGGAGAAAGCCGCGUUCGGCCGUCUCCCGAUUGUCUUCGAAUUGAACCUCGCGAAGAAUCGCAUUCGAGAGGUGAGCGUGCGCGCGUUCGAGGGUCUUCUGCAGCUGCUUACGUUGAACCUGACAGGCAACGAGAUCGGCCACAUCCCGAAUGGCGCAUUGCAGGGGCUCGUCUCUCUGAGGACUCUCGAUCUCUCUCACAACUCCCUGGAGAGGCUCGAGAAUAAGACCCACGGGCUGCUCGACGACUGCCUCUCGCUCGCGAGGGUCAACCUCAGCCACAACAAGAUAUCGUUCAUCGAUCGGAAAACCUUUCCCAGCAGUCCAUGGAUCCCGUACAGACUCAGGGAAGUCGACCUCUCCUAUAACACCAUGCCAGUUCUCACCUACGACAUUACCGUGGGAACGAAAACGCUCGUCAGCUUGAAUCUCAGUCACAACAGUAUCAACGAGAUAAGAAAGUAUGUCAUCGGUAAUAUGACGUCCUUGGAAACGCUGGAUCUCUCUCACAAUGACCUGAGCGACCUUUCCGAGGAGAACGUCUUCGCGCCGCCGGCGAACCUCACGAAUCUCUACCUCGGUCACAAUCGACUGACUCAGCUGCCCUUGAGCAGGAUCGUGCCAAUGCCAAAUCUAAGGAUCAUCGACGUCGAGGACAAUACGCUCGAAAGUUUCGACGCGAAUAUAAUGAGCGUCAUCGAAAACGGCACGGUACUCCGUUACGCUGGCAACCCGCUCAACUGCGAUUGCUCGGUAAGACCGCUACGAAGAUGGCUCAGCACGUUGAUCCAAGUCCCGACCGAGUGGUCCGACUUGAAGUGCGCCAGUCCGAGUUACCUGGCCGGAAAACCGAUAGCGGAGGUCAGCGAGGACUUGAUGAGUUGCGUCCUCGAGGAUGUCACUGACGAUCCGAAGUUCGAAAUAACGCCGGACAUUAAGUACCGCAGCAUCGAAUACGACGGCGACGACGAUUCUUGGACGGUCACGUGGUACGUUACGUCCAGGGAGGAUAUUGGGGACUUUUACGUAGUCGUAAGAGAGCCUGGCGCGAGCAAGUCCGUCCUUGAAAAGGAUGUGGUUUACAGUGAAAGAUCACUUAAGAUUCCUAGUCUCCCUGCGGCCGCUACAAAGUACGAGCUUUGCGUCCUUGCCAGGGACUCCGAGGGAAACGUCAAGCACUUCAGGAGUUCCCAGUGUCAAAUGCUCAGCAAGUCUUCGUUCAGUUUGGCAAGCGAACUAAAGUCCGGAGUCUCUGCGACUCUCCUACCCGCCGCCAUUCUGUACGUCACGCAAUUCUGAAAACACGCGCGCACGCACGCACACGCACGCACACGCACGCACACGUAUUUAUUUGUGAAUCCAAUUUAUGAAAAAUACACUAAUCGCGAUUGCAUAACUUUAAAGACGGUGGCCGUUACGUACCUGAGUCAAUAAAUGUACAUUGAAUGCACGCGAAGAAUUAAAAAAAAAUAAUAGCCGCUCGCUGAUUUCGAGUUGCUCUUCAAUAAA